AUGUUUUGGGGAUUCUGUGAAGCUCUUAAUUUUAUCCAGCAAUACCAGAAGAAAUUAUCAGCCGAUGAGUCUCUACCGGAAAGCUUGAACAUUUUACUGUUCGGCAGCGGUGACCCGCGACACAUCCUGGCGACCGCAUCGCAACUAUUCCUUCAUCCCGGCCUGAAAGUCAACGUGUAUCUGGCGGAAGGAUGCAUCGAACUGCUGGCACGGCAUAUGGUGCUGCUUGCGGUCGCUUUCGAAGAUCCGGAACUGCUCUCGCUCAAAGGCAAAACGCAUCUCUUUAUGGACCUCUUUGGAAACAAUCUCAUCCGCCCGUUCAGCAGUGCCUACUUGAGCAGUAAGGCGAAAGAGCUGACCGACAUCAUCACCGACGCGGAGUACGCGCAGCGCCAAGCACCGAUGUUCAAUUACGAAACGCUACGAUACAAGGAGCGCGACCAGCUCGAGAACGUGUUUCGCUUCUGGACCAAUGCGCCGGAACACGUGUUCAAUAUUGCACGCUACUGGGAGGAUCGGUUGCGCGUGCAGCUCGGUGAGCGGUACAAUCAUCGCAACGGUGCAUUCGAUUGGGAUUUGCAGAUGCGACUGCGGGAAAACGGUGCGAAGCAGGUGUGCCCCCAGGAGUACAAGCACUGGCGGGAGACGGGAAUCGCCUUCACCUUUCCCGAGUACGAGCAGAGCGAUCCGAACAAAACGUUUGCCGUCGGGUUGGUGCGCAACGGGAAAGGGUUUCUGCACCGUGGUUCGGUUGGUGAUAACAUGACCGGUCCGUACAUCGCGUUCGGGCACAAGUGUGCCGAGGAGAGGCUUUCCCGCUCCAAGCAUGGUGUGAACGAUUUCCGCUCGACCGAUGUGACGGAGCGCAAUGUGCUGCAGAUAGUGUACGAAAUUCAAAACCGGAACCCGUACUGCUUCGAUCCGAAGGACAUCCAUCAGUACGGUGCGCACCAGCUGGAUGCGGGGAAAAAUCUCAACAAACACGAGGCACGCACCGAGUCAGCGGAAGCCAUACAUUACAACAAACCCCUUUUGAGGUGCGAAAAUUUAUCCAUUCACUUCCUUUCUGUGGAGGACGUUUUGCGGAUGCACGAGAUGGAGCGGUUUGCUGGCAAGUUCGAUGUCGUAUUUGUGGCAAGCAACUAUCUGGGCUUGGUUAAGGACGGGUUUAGCCGCGCCUGGAAGGAGAGCUGCCUCGUGUGCUUCGAAACGCGUCAGCUGACCGUAUUCAGCAAAGAGGAAAUUAAAGAACAUACCGACAAGAUUAAGGCCUUCGCGCAGAAGGAAUCCCUCGCGGCGGUGACAAACUUUUCCAUCAACAAAAAUCACUCCGUCCUUUUAUACAAGCGUGCCGGCAAUAAGUGAACGCAAAUGUAUUAAGCUCUAAUAAAUAUCAAUGUAACA